GCGCACAGAAUGUGGCCAAGAUCGCAAGUGGGGGAUCUGCACGCAGCCAGUAUUCGUUCACGUGAAGUGCACCUGCUCCCAAGUUAGGAAGCUUUAACCCAUCACGAAACGGCACUUCCUUGUGUUACGCUUGGCAAAAUGAAAGUUGACUCGUGAUUGGUCAGAGCCGCAUCGCGGGCAGCUUUGAUUGGUCUGCAUGAGUUUCGAUGAAUCGUCAGAUUUGGUGGCGCUGUGUUGUUGACGUUAGCCGACUGGAGAUCCUUUUGCGUUUCCUGUCAAACUCCAGCAAAUGUUCGCGCUUUACCUCUCUGCCAUCUUUUGCAUAAAUAUAUGAGGAGCUGGAGUUUAGGACACAUAUGGCUGUGUAUGAUGAGAAUAUCCUGAAGAACCCUUUUUAUCUGGCUCUGGAAAAACGCCGACCGGACCUGUGCAGCAGGGUGGCAGAACUGCGUGGCAUUAUUCUGGUACCGUGUCGUGGAAGUUUACCAGUCGGAACAUUUCCUGCAUCUCAGUUUGAUAGAUAUGUCCUUCAGCCUGCUGAGCAAGGUUACCAGACAUUAGAUGGGAAGGAAGUGUCUAUAGAAAAUAACCAGGUGCGACUGGAUGCAGGGUUUCCCAGUCCCAUUUCUGUCCCCAUCUUGUUUGAGGAGACUUUCUACAAUGAGAAAGAGCAGGCGUACAAUAUACUCUGUAUCUCACGGCCCCUGGACUCUGAUCACAGCCCGGGAGAGGUAAGUUCUGUUUCCGCAACAUACUGUCUGAAGAAGAUCGAGGAUGUGAGAGAAUUUUUGGGCCGUCAUGCUGAAAAACUGGAUAAGUUUGUGGAAAUCUUCUGUCAGACCUUUAAAGAACAGGAGAGAAGCAUUCGGCAUCACAUAGACUCUGUAAAUACUCUUUACACAAAAUGUCUUCAGUGCCUGUUGAAAGACUCUCAUCUGAAACUCCUGGCAAGACAAGAAAUUCAGAUGACUCUACUCAAACAAGCAGUGGAGAUGUACAUUCAUCAUGGCAUCCAUGAUCUACUCUUUAGUUAUGUGGGAACUCUUGAAGCUAGUCGGGAUGCAGCGUUCAACAAAACGACACGGUCGCUACAGGAUCUGCAACAGAAAGAUCUGGGUGUGAAGACAGAAUUUAGUCUAAAUAUCCCUCGAGCUAAGUGGGAGUUGAGUGAACUGAACGCUUGUAAGUCUCCUCAGCAGAAGCUGCUGUGUCUCAAGAAGGUUAUUCUGACCAUCAUGCAGCCGAUCAGACGCAAUGAUGCAGCUGUUAACAUUGAGGCCAUGUGUGCCGAUGAUCUGCUGUUAGUCAUUCUCUAUCUGUUGGUCAAAACUGAGAUUCCUAACUGGAUGGCGAAUCUGAGUUAUAUCAAGAAUUUCCGCUUCUGUAACUCAUGUAAGGAUGAUCUGGGUUACUGUCUCACUUCAUUCGAGGCCGCUGUGGAGUACAUCAGUCAGGGUAACCUCAACCAGAGCACACUGGAAGCAGGAAACAGAAUGUCUUUCAGACAGAAGUUGGACCUGCUCUCCCAGAACGCUGCCACACCUAUAGACCAUCUGUUUGAGCACAUUGGGAGUGGUAAUGUGUCAGAGGUGCAGCGUUUGCUGUGUGAGAGUGAGAAUGAAGAGGACGGUGUGAAGAUGUGUCACCCGCUCUGCUCAUGUGAUGCCUGUGACCUCCGUAUCUCAGGGAGGUUAAACGAUCCGUCCAUCGUCACUCCAUUCUCACGUGAUGACAGAGGUUACACUCCUCUUCACAUCGCUGCUAUUUGUGGUCAGUCUGCACUGAUCGAUCUUCUGGUUUUAAAGGGAGCCGUGGUGAACGCCACCGACUAUCAUGCCCUCACACCGCUGCACCUCUCCUGUCAGAAGGGUUUCCAGGGAGUCACGUUGCUGCUGUUGCAUUAUACGGCGAACACAGACGCUCAGGACAUCAACGGCAACACUCCGCUUCACCUGGCCUGCAUGUACGGACAUGAGGAUUGUGUGAAGGCGCUGGUUUACUUCGACCUGCACGCGUGCCGGCUGAACGUUCAGAACGAUAAAGGGGACACGCCGCUGCACAUCGCCGCUCGCUGGGGUUAUGAGGGCAUCAUGGAGGUGCUGCUGGAGAACGGAGCAUCAACCCUCAUCCAUAACAAAGCCAAAGAGACGCCGCUGCACUGCGCUCUCAACUCAAAGAUUUUAUCGUUGCUGGAGCGCAGACACAACGACUCUAAAUUGGAAAGUGGAUUUGAGUCUCCUAGUAGAUCACCACAGCCGUCCGACUGCAGCAGUAGACGCUCGUCUGUGUCCACCAUGUCUUCACUGGAAAUAACAAUACCAGAAACUGAACGCAUCAAACACAGAGAGAUCGAGAAGUUGUUAAGAGCAGUGGCUGAUGGAGAUUUGCAGAUGCUGCGUUAUCUUUUGGAAUGGGUGGAUGAAGAGCCAGAGGAGGAGGAAGCUGAGGUUUCAGCUAAGAUGGAGCUGUGCCAUCCUCUCUGCCAGUGUGCCGACUGUGAGCCUACGCAAAAGAAAACAGCCGGCGUGCAGCAGGAUGGUGUGGGUGUGAACAGCAGAAGUGUUGACGGCUUCACUCCGCUUCAUGUGGCAGCGCUGCACGGGCACACAGCUCUGGUAUCUCACCUCACCCGUCACGGUGCCAACAUCAACGCUCGCAACAAUCAGAGCGCCACUCCACUGCACCUGGCGUGCCAGAACACCCACAUACAAGUGGUGUCUGCCCUGCUGGAGUGUAACGCCAAACUGAACAAGAAAGAUCAUUACGGGAACACACCGCUGAUCCACGCCUGCCUAAAGGGACAUGUGGAGAUAGCCACCGUCCUGCUGGAGAGCGGUGCAUUGGUGAAUGUGGUUAAUAAUCACGGUAACACGGGUCUUCAUGAGGCCGUGAGGGGAGGACACGUCCAGCUGGUGGAGCUGUUACUGCACAGAGGAGCUCUGGUACACAUACGCAACAAGAGACAGAGAACCGUCCUCGACUGUGCACACGACACCAGCGGCAAGAACACUGAGAUUCAGAAGCUUCUGCAGAAAGCGUGUGCUGAGACUGUUGAGUCUAACCUGAUCAAAUCACACUCCGCAGGGCCAGAGAGGAUUGUGGAAAUGCAAAGACGUCAGAGUCCUGACGGUGGCGGUGGCAAGAUAACAGACUCUAAACAAAGAUCUCAGAACAGGUCUGACAGAGCUGAGAGCACCACAGGCGCAGUAGAUCAGACUGACAGACGGAGACUGACGAGAGGAGAAACGAUAGACAGCAGCGCUCCGUUCUGUCAUUCUCAGACGCAGUACGACUCAUCCGGCAUACACUCGCCACACGCCAAGACCAAGAGCCUGACCCGCUGUCACACCAUCAGUCAGGACCUGACCCGCCACACGCUUCAGACCCCAGAACACAUCUCCACUGCAGACCACACAGAUGAGUUGAAUAAACUUCAGGAGUCCACCGUCUCCCUCCAACCCCCACCCGACCUCGAGCAGGUGACCAGGGGCUCAGCGUCAGGGCGGGAUGAGGAGAAGGACGACGCUCUGUGCAGAGGAAGUGAUGCGGAGUCAGCCUCUACAGAGAUGGACAGUGUUGUGUUGUGAUUAGAUACACUGUAUUAGCUUUUUGUUUCCAUGGCUACAGUGUCUAAAGGUUAUUAACUUAAAUAUGCAGAACCUAUGAGUGGCAUUAUGGCAGCUGGUGGGUUUUUCCUCAUGUCUCUGGUUUACAAUAUAAUCAUGGGUUUUAGAGAUUUUACGGGUCUGAGUUAAGCUCCACAGCAAGAAGUGAAAAUGAAUUUGGUCGUUGUGAACAGAAAUUAAAAAAAUGAUUAAAUGCAUUUUGAGAUGACUCUUUAAAAUGAGAACCAGCCUGUAAUGAAGGAUUUGUUACUGACACAUAUAAAGGGAGACGUUCAGAAUGACUUGUGCACAAAAAUGAUGGACCUUUUUUUUAUUGCACUUUUUUCUGUUAAUAAAGGGACAGUUAGGUAUGGAAUUGCUUGGUAGCAUCAAAUUUGUUUGAUUUGUUUUGCAUAGGUUUAAUAUCAGUGUUACAUCGUGGUUUUACCAACAAAGGCAACCUUUUACUAGUCACUUUAUAUUUUUUUGUUUUAGGUUCUGUUGUGUGUGAAUAUCCUUUCUAAAUCAGACAAAAAAGUAUGUUUUAAAAUCCCAACCAGUUUAAUGAUGAAUGUUUAGGUUUGCAAGUGUUAUCUAUCUGUGGCCGGCAGGGGACAGUGUUUUCAUCCGCAGCUCUAACGCACUUUACGCACCUGCAACAUUUGUUUGGUUUGUGUGCAAAAAACUUGUCUUGCAGUUCGCUCACUUUACAUUGUGCGUCUCUCUUAAUUUAGUCAUGAAUGCUGGACAUGAACGUGUUAAAUGCCUGAAUGUAAAGCAGAGAUGGCUUGUCUUUGAAUGUGUGUGUUCAUUUCGGCAUGGGCUUGCUGUGACCAAUCCGGAAAUCUAGAGAGGAGUUAUUUUUGUAUAAUUGCUUUUCAGUGUCGUUUUGUGUGACAAUGCGGUAAAUGUGCCUUAUUUAAUUUGUGCCAAAUAAUCUCUAAUAAACCCUUACGAGAACAAAAA